CCUCCGGUCCCGACUUCCGGGUCGCGGUGCUUGAAGGGAGCGCCCUGCGUCAAGCGUCGUUUCCGUUGCUGGUGUUUGCAGCCCGGAGGGGGGAAACCGAGGCAGCGCCAGCUUUCCCCUAGUUCUUCCGCUCCUAUGAGGAGAACAUGUUUAUUUCUUUGUGGGAGUUCUUCUAUGGGCACUUUUUUCGAUUUUGGAUGAAAUGGGUCUUACGACAGAUGACUGGAAAGUGUGAAUUGCAGCGAAUUUUUGACACCUAUGGAGGUGCCCAGAGGACGUACAGGAUAGAAAAUUCCUUGACAUGUUCCAAGAGUAAGGUCCUCCAGAAUGCAACCCGAGUUGACGAGAGUGAGCUGGACAGAUGUGUAGCAGACAUAAUGAAGGAAAAGAACAUCUGCCCUGAGAAAGACACCAGUUUUCAAAUCUGUAUGAGGACGUGCUUACUGCAGAUAACUGGCUAUAAGCAGCUUUACCAGGAUGUAGAAAAUGUGAGGAAAAAACCCUAUGAUUCUGGCAAUGCGCAGCAUGAGAAACUGCUCCUCAAGCUUUGGAGUCUUCUGAUGCCUACAAAAAAGUUGAAGGCCCGGAUCUCCAAGCAAUGGGCAGACAUUGGAUUCCAAGGUGAUGAUCCCAAAACAGACUUCAGAGGCAUGGGCAUACUCGGACUAAUCAAUCUAGUGUAUUUCAGUGAGAAUUACACCAAUGAAGCGCAUCAGAUUCUUUCCCGCUCAAAUCACCCCAAAUUAGGGUACUCGUAUGCAAUAGUUGGGAUCAACCUUACAGAGAUGGCUUAUAGCUUACUGAAGAGCGAGGCCCUGAAGCUUCACCUCUACAACUUUGUUCCUGGGAUACCAACAAUGGAGCACUUUCACCAGUUUUAUUGUUACCUGGUCUAUGAAUUUGACAAGUUUUGGCUUGAAGAAGAACCAGAAAGCAUCAUGUACUUCAACUUGUACAGAGAGAAGUUUCACGAGAAGAUUAAAGGACUCUUACUGAACUACAAUACUGUACUCACUUUGAAGACAUGAAACAUCCAGAGCAUCUUCUCUUUCUACCAUGUUUGCACACACAGCAGAAUUUGUAUGUUAUAGAAAUUAUCUGAUCAACUACAGUAUCUAAUUUCCUACUUGAGAACUCUAUUUAAGAAAGCUAGUGGACAAUCAGUGUGUGUUUACAGUUGUUUGUACACUGUUCUCCACAGGUUCCGUACCCUUCCAAAGAACCCUUCUGCAGUCACGUGAACUACAGUUUGGAACUUGGGACUUAGCCUGUUAGUUUAAAAGUCUGAAUCAGGUAUAUUUAUAUUUAGCCAGUUGAUUAAAAUGUGCACGAAUCUCAUUUUUAUGUUGUUGUUCUCGAGCUGAUGUCAUUCUCAAAAUUUCAAAAUUCUCCAAGAUUAUUGUUCAGUCUGGAAGUGGCUUUUGAACGUGCUUUGUCUUUUUUAUUUCUAGGCAGACGGGCACCUGGUGAGUGCUCAGGCUUUGUCUUUGUGUCCGGCACUUGUCAGGGUAUCCUUACCACAGAGCAGGGGAGUGUGGCUCUGUCAGAGAGGUGAAGAAUCAUGACUUCCUUUAUGGUCUGUCUGAUGACUGAACAUAGGGAAUGAGAGAUGGCAGUGUGGAUGACUGGCUUCCUACUUACAAAUACACUUUGGAGGUCUUGUUUCGGGCUUUCUAGGCUCUCACUCUUGCUCAGUAUUUGCUUUUAUCAGCCAUGUUAAGAACCUUCCUCAGGGCUCCCCUGGGAGGCCUCUGCCUCUGUGUCAGAAAGAAGGUGCAUCCACUAAGAAAACCCUGGUUUUGGAAACACGGUUUCUUUUAAGGUAAAACUGUCUUUGAAACUUACAUGGGAAGAAAACUGAGCGUUUCCUGGAUCUCUGCUCUCCAUCAUUGGCGUGUUUGGCCUGCUGUCCCCUUUGCUUGUCUCUGAUUUGGCUCUGGUGUUUCUGGGCAGUGAUGUAGGGACCUGCCUAACAGGCAUGGACCACGACUGCAUUUGUGUAACUUUAUUCCCCAAAAUCUCAGGAGGGCAGCAAGUACUGUGAUGGGAUUCUGAGGGGAUGGUUUCCUCUUGGCAUGUUUUAGAGAUUUGUUCUCAGAGCAAAGUUAGAGAGUCUAAAGAUAGGAAAGAGCGCUGUUAAGUCCUGUGGAGACCAGUUCACAGCAUCAUAAGUUAAUCUAAAACACAGUGAUACUUUGCACAUCUUUUAAUGUCAGACAUUUAAAGACUAGCUCAUGUGAUAGAGGAAGACUUGAUACUUUCCAACAAUUUGUUGGUGUCUUUUGACAAGCCCCUGUCUUCACGCUGGUCAAAGAGAACGGUACAGAUGUCUCCCAGGAAAGCCACAGCUGUAGCGGUGCAUAGCAUGUGCAUCGCUGUGCAUGGGUUAGAAUUGCUUUUUCCUUAAGGAAGAUGAAACUUUUUUAAAAAGUAGUUUUGUUUUGUUUUAUUAUACUAGGAAGAAUUUAUCUUUUGAGUGUUACAGGAACUUAACAAUUGAUUUCUUAUAGGGGACUUUCUCAACCCUGGUAAUAUAUUCAUUUCACUUUUGAAAAACCUUUUGUCAUCCAGGUUUUAUGGUUAUUGUAUUGCAAAACCCUAACAAGGAGCACAUGUCCAACAUUAUUGUUCAUCAUAUUGUAGUGUUAGCUUUUCUAUGGGAAGCAGCUGUGCACGUCUUUAACUUUUGCACUAGAAAUACUUACCACUGUAUUUUAAUUUUUCAACAGCUUUGAUCUUGGGCAGAUUUAGCUCUUUGUCAGCUUAUUAAUAAAAAGAGUACUUGAAGUGUGAAAGAGGAAAUUUUUUGAGUCGUUAAGCAUUUCCCAACAGAAAACCUCUAGUGAUGUUAAGGACAUUUUGUCAUAGAUUGGUUAAUGUCACAGCCAUUAAAUUCUCCUUUGUUUGUAUAUUACAAAUAUUGUUUUUAUUAAAAUUGUCAUUAACUAUUUCAAAUAAUUUUAUAGUGAACUGAUCUAUAAGCCAAUGACAGCCUCAGAGUUCCAGAAUUUGACCGUCACUAGUUGUAUAUUAGAAUGCACUAUGAAACAGCCUCUGGCUGAUGGGCUAGGCAUAUGCGGAAAAGAACUGCACCGUCAGUAUCCUUUACUUUCAAAGAUGUCAGAAUUUUAUGUAGUUUCAAAUCCACCUGUAGAUGUUUACCUGUGUCUAGAACUAGAAAAUGACAGUGUAGCAGCCGAUAUUCAUGGUAUUGAGGUAGCAGGGAAAUUAUGUUAGUUUUAGUAUUAAUGAAUCAAUGUGGAGACAAAUGUUUAUAUGUACAAAGUUGAAGAGAUUUUACCAGUGACAAGAGUAGCAUAAAAACUUAACUGCAACAUUUCAGUUCAGAUGCUUUGAAAGACAAUCGUUUUAAAAAUGGGAGACAGUAGGGUAAUCACUGAACCUAGACUAGCCUCUUUGUAAAUAAAUGUAACACUGGGUAUAAAAAUGAAUGUCAACAAUGCAACUGACUAUAAAAAUGAAUUCCCACAAUACAACUAGGUAUAAAAAUGAAUUCCCACAGUAUAACUAGGUAUAAAAAUAAAUUCCCACAACACAACUAGAUAUAAAAAUGAAUUCCCACAAUACAACUAGGUAUAAAAAAUGAAUUUUAAUUGGCACCAUUUAUAGUUCAGACAUCAGAAUUUAAAAAAUCCCUACCCUGUUUUAUUUUUUCUUUCUAUUUUAGGAACUACUUGGAUUUGUUUGUAUUUCUCUAUGAAAAUGUAUGUACUCAUUUUUCUUCCUUUAGUGUUGAUCAUCAUUUAUAUCAUUCUGUUCAUUAAGAAUAUUCAGUGAAAGAGAUUUUGAUUAAAAGUUCGGCUCAAAGGAAAAAACCAUGACGUGGGUGUAAAAAGCACCUGCUCAUUUGUGCUGCAGGAAGGGUAUGAUGACAAUGAAGAGGGAGGUUUGUCUGGGAGCGUGAUAAUGUUUAUUCUUGUGAUCAUGACUGAGGACCAGCAGCUGAACCAUCAGGAGAGAUACUCUGUUCUAAUCCAUGAGAGUCCCGUGGUUGGGGAGGCUUUGAGUCAUGGUCAUCCUCAGGAGUCUCUCCACACAAGCAGCAUUUAGAUGAAGAUGAGUGAACUGGUUAAUACUCUGAGAAAUACCACGUCUUGCGUUUUUGGUUUUUCCACCUCCAGCUUUUGUUGAGAAAAAAAGUUUUAAAUGUAGCAUAGGUUGGACCCAACAACCACAUUAACUUUAGUAGAGUAGUUCUAUGUUUUUGUUAAAUUACUGACAAAUAUUUAAGCAGUAGUGCUCCCUAGAGGGAAAGUACUGGUUGGCAACUUAAAUUUUUGUCUAUCUUGCAUCAAGCAUUUGAGUUUCAAGUAAAAGCAAUAGUGUGAGAUGUGUUGUCCUUUUGGUUGUGAUGUUAAGUGAGAAAAUAAACUCUUCCCGUGGA